UAAAUGUACUUAAUUACAUUCCACCAUUGGACUGCAUAUAGCUGAUACACACAAGAAAAGGUGUUAUGAAAUAAAGUGAAAAUGGAGAAAUAAAAUGAAAUGGACAGACAGCAGCAUCCAUAGGCCUGCCUACCUGUGCCUGCUGGUACUCGUCCGGGCUCAAAAAGCAGGGGACUUACGUAACGGUUACCUUAGCAACCGAUUAGGCGUCACUACUGUGGGCUGCAAAUUCAUGAGUGCGCUUUUCUUUCCGGAGACCGUCCCGUCCCAUCCCGUCAAGAGUGGGGAAACAGCCACUGUGACGCUCAAUGGCAAAGCGUUAAUGAAGGACAAUAAACCAGAUGUCUUUUUCCACCUGUUUGGAUUGUGUAUAUUCGCGGUGUACCGUUAGUGGAGCUGGACACGCCGACCUGACGAACAUCGCUGUGCUGGUGGUGUGGUUGUUACCCAGCGGCAGCCAACAUGGCUGAGGAUGACAGUGAAUGGGUUGUAGAAAGCAUCGUUGGCUACCUGGGAAGUCCUGAAUGGGUCAUUCCUGUCACGGAUUUUAUGGAAAACAAAUGCACAGUUUUUGAUGACGAAGAUGAAAAUAAGUUAUCAUACACAGAGAUCCACCAGCAGUAUAAGAACUUGGUGGAGAAGCUGUUGGAGAAUUACAUGCAGGACGUUGGCAUCAACGAGCAGCAGUUUCUGGAUGCAUGCACCUCUCCUUUUGCCAAAUCCAAAACACUGCAGUCAGUGUUCCAGCCAGUUCUCGCUACAGAUGACUUCCAGAUAUUUCGCUCAAUGAUGGUCCAAAAGAACAUGGAGCUACAGCUUCAAGCCCUCAGGGUCAUUAAAGAAAGGAACGGGGUCCUCCCAGAGUGCCUGACUGAUGGUGCGGACGUAAUGACGGAGUUGCAGGAUCAAGAGAUGAAAAUCCUACAGGAAGUUCUCAGAAAGUCAAAAGAGGAGUAUGAUGAGGGAAUUGCCAGGAGGCUGCUAUUAGAAAAAGAGGUUGGCUCCACCUCCAGCGGCUGCUUUGAUAAGCCAAUGGCAAAAAGCAGUGAAGCCCAGAAUACCACCUCUGCUCCGAGUCAGCAAAGCAACACUGCCAAAGCCAAAGCUGAGGGGAAAGGUGACAGCAGCUGCAGUAAUGGUCACCACGCCCCACUAGUGAACGGAAACACUACUACUGAAUUUAAUCUGGGAAACAGCAGACCUGCCAAAAAUCACGAGAGCAAGACGGCUGCCCCUGGAGGUGGGGAUAAGAAAAGUGCAGCUAAGAGCAACUCCACGUCUAAGCCCACACCAGAUUGUGGCAGUAACGGUGUGGAAUCCAAAGUCCUUCCAGCAGUGAGAGCACCAGUAAAGUCCAGCGAACCCUCCAUCAGCCUGAGUCCCGGUACCAAGGAGCAGGGCAGCAGUCAGACUGCAGCCGAGACAUGGCUGGAGGAGGCACACAGGGAGGCUGGCUUCUCUAAGCCAUAUACUGAGUUGUCAGUGUCUCAGCAGGAGCAGCUCCAGCAGAGAGCGGCAUAUCUGCGUCAGCAGCGAGACAAGCUGCAUGCAUUGAAAAAAGAACAGCAGAAACCCAAGCAGGUGACCACACCAGAAGAGGCACCCACCACCACCGCCCCCCCGCCUGGCCUGGCUUGUCAGGAGCCAGUGGGGCAGUCCCAGAGGAAUGGGGCCUGUACCCCUCCUCCUUCUCCUUCUCUUCCUCCUGCUCCUCUUCCUCCAACACAACACUCUGCUAACUCCUCCAAACAGAAGGAGAUAUCUGCUGAGGAGAAGAAGAAGCUACAGAAGAGAAAGCAUCUAGCUGACAAGCUGAAAGAGGAAGUGAUCAAGAAAUAACCCUCCCCCACAAACUGCAAUAUUAUUAUUAUUAUUAUUAUUAUUAUUAUUAUUAUUUAUAAUAAUAUCAGUUUAUUCCGUUAAUCAAACAUGGCUUCCUUUACACUGCCUCCUUCAGGCAGAUAAUUCGCUUUGCGUAACACAGAUCAGAGGUUUUCCAAAGAAUCACAAAAUGUCAGAGAUCUUCCUUCUUCAAAGUUCUUUUCCUUGCUGUGUGAAGAGGAAGGUAAAGCUUCUUUUAUAUUUUUGGAUGUACCAGUAUUUUGGCAGUCUCCGCUCAUAUAGCAUCUGUUUGAUUGAGCAAGUUUAGAAAAGCACACAGUAGGCAGGCAAUAUGCUGCCAGUGUUACUAACCUUGAGCGGAAAACUCAAAUAGCUUUUACUUUACAUCACUAGACACAUCUGGGCUGUGUCCAAAACACUCCUUAUUUGACACAGGGUGCACUCACAAAAUCCCACAUUGGAAUGAAAAAUGUGUUCACAGCCUGUGUAUUAGUGCUUCACUAUUGAUACUGUAAAUAUUUAUUAUGUAACACUCAUAACUAUUGUUGUACUCAAUACUCUGCCAAUAACACUAGUGUAAACCAUUUAUUGACUGGAGGAGUGAUUUUGGACAUAUCCCUGGGUUUGUUUCUCUGUAGACAAGUGAAACUAAAGUUAAUAAAUGUGAGGAAACACUCACUCAAUGAUAGCUAAUGUCACUGAAUUAUCAGUUAGUUUAGGGUUAAUACUGGUGAGAUACAUAAUGGGGAGUUUCAUGUUGAGGUGAAGGUAACAUUAGCUAGCACAAGAGGAGGAGGAGGAGGAGGAGUAGUAGUAGCAGUAGUAGUAGUAGUAGUAGUGGUAGCACAGAGGGAAGAGUCAGCUGCUGCAUCAUAAAGCUGAGAACACUGUAGCAGCUGACCCGAGUCUGUAAGCCCUGUGGAAGUUGUCGAGAUGAACACGCUGCCGUGGACGUGAAGAGGCCAAGAGAACAGUGUGUUGCUUUUUACGAGGAAUGCAGUAUUUCAUGUAUGCCAUUU